GCCGUUCACACCAUUUAAGAAAAGCGUGCUGCAGUGCGCAGUCAUACCUCGAAGAAGAUACUUGAUUACUCGGGAAUCUAUCGAAAUGAUUCGUUUGUGGUUAUCAUUGGUAAUAGUCACGUUGCUAUUAAACGAGUCUAGUGCAAACGAUCCACAAAAAGAGGUUCGAUCUUUUAGCAUCGACUAUGACCGGAACACAUUCGUUAUGGAUGGGAAAGAUUUUCGGUACGUGGCUGGAUCUUUCCACUACUUUCGCGCUUUGCCACAAACUUGGCGAACUAAGCUGAGGACGAUGCGUGCGGGUGGUUUGAAUGCGGUCGAUCUGUACGUCCAAUGGUCAUUACAUAAUCCGAAAGAAAAUGUAUACAACUGGGACGGAAUUGCCAGCAUCAAGGACGUCAUUGAAGCCGCCAUCGAGGAGGAUCUGUAUGUCAUCCUACGACCCGGACCAUACAUCUGCGCUGAGAUCGAUAACGGAGGACUACCAUAUUGGCUGUUCACCAAAUAUCCAGGCAUCCAAGUACGCACAAGUGAUACGAACUUUACGCGCGAGGUUGGUAUUUGGUACGAGCAGCUAUUGUCCCAGCUUAAACCCUACAUGUACGGAAAAGGUGGUCCCAUCAUCAUGGUACAAAUUGAAAAUGAGUAUGGUGCUUUCGGAAAAUGCGACAAAACGUAUCUAAACUAUCUCAAAGCCGAAACUGAGAAGUAUACCGAAGGCGAUGCAAUCCUCUUCACCGUUGAUAGACCAUAUGAUAACGAACUUGAGUGUGGACAAAUUGAAGGCGUUUUCGUGACUACUGAUUUCGGUUUGAUGACAGAUGAAGAAGUCGACACACAUGCGUCUAAGCUGCGCUCUGUUCAGCCCAAUGGACCUCUCGUCAACACGGAGUUCUACACUGGUUGGUUAACUCACUGGCAAGAGCCCAACCAACGACGACCUGCUGGACCGCUAGCCAACACCUUACGUAAGAUGCUCCGCGAUGGUUGGAAUGUUGACUUUUACAUGUACUUUGGUGGCACCAAUUUUGGAUUUUGGGCUGGAGCUAAUGACUGGGGUCUAGGUAAAUAUAUGGCCGACAUCACUUCAUAUGAUUAUGAUGCACCAAUGGAUGAAGCUGGAGAUCCUUCCAUGAAGUAUACGGUUUUCAGAGAUAUUAUUGGUGAAUAUAUUCCUCUUCCAGCAAUGGAGGUGCCUGAUAAAGCUCCAAAAAUGACAAAUGAUCCCUUGGUUCUGACAAGUGUUGAUAAUAUUCUGUCUAGUUGCUCUAGAGCUGAAUUAGGAUCUGAUCAAAAACAGUCCAGUCGUCUGUUGACAUUUGAGGAACUUGGACAAAAUUCAGGAUUCGUAUUGUAUGAGACCACUUUGCCAGCAUUUACGCGCGAUCCUAGCCAACUGACAAUCAACGGUCUACGAGAUCGGGCUCAAAUCUAUGUAGAUCAAUUCUACAUAGGAACUCUAGCAAGAGAAAACGCCAUCAACAGUCUUCCCAUUUCCGCCGGAUGGGGCAGCAAACUAUCAAUUUUGGUUGAAAAUCAAGGCCGAAUAAACUUCAAUAUUUUGGAUGAUUACAAAGGCAUUCUUGGCAACGUAACCAUUCAAAUAUAUGAUGAGCCAUACGUUCAGGAGCUGUCUGAUUGGACCAUAACUGGUUACCCGUUCGAAAGUUAUGAUCAGUUGAAGCGACUCACUGAAACAGUUAGCGGUGGACAAGGUGUCAACAAUCGUGGAAUGGCUAUUCAUGGACCAGUUAUCUUCAAAGGAACGUUGACGAUCGCUACAGAUAACAUCUAUGACACCUACAUCGAUAUGAGCGGAUGGGGCAAAGGUUUUAUCCUGGUUAAUGGAUUCAAUUUGGGUCGCUACUGGCCUGUGGUUGGUCCCCAGGUUACGCUGUACCUACCAAAAGAGUUGCUCCAUAAGGGUGACAAUGAAAUAUUAUUGGUAGAACUACAGAAAGCACCCACAGACGGUAUGAUCCGAUUUUCUGAUGCUGCUAUUUUAGACGAAGCUUAGAUUGAUAUUAAAUUUAAAUUUUAAUAUUUAAACUUUAAUUUUGUCGAGCCAAUUAAAAAAACUAUAUAUGUAAAAUG